AUGGAAAGAAUAGUUAUCUUUGCAUGCUUGCUUUCUGUUGUCUUGAUGAGCUCUAGCUCCCCCACGGCGGUGAUGGGUAAUUAUUACUCCAAGAGCCGCGUGGUUCCUGUUCCACAUACCCAAAAGAAAACCAAUCUCCAUUUCUUCAUGCACGACAUCCUUUCAGGCAACAACCCUUCCUCUGUCCUCGUGGCAAAACCAAACGGAACAGUUGUCGGAGAAGGCAACGUGGGCCCGUUUGGAGCAGUUUACGUGUUCGAUGACCCACUCACGGUGGGACCCGACCCAAAUUCAGAGGUUAUUGGUAAUGGACGUGGGCUGUACGCUUCAACCAGCCGUGGGUCAGACCCUACCUUGUUGCUCAAUGGCGAUUUGGGGUUUACGAGUGGUGAGUUUAAUGGGAGUUCCAUAAGUUUGUUUUCAAGGGAUCCGAUAUUUGGGGUGAAAGAGGUGGCCGUGGUUGGCGGCAGAGGCAAGUUCAGGAUGGCUCAAGGGUUUGCUUUGCUUAAUGCCGUUUAUGCAAAUGCUACAACUGGUGAUGCCAUUCUUGAAUUUCAUGUCACCAUCUUUCACCAAUGA